GGGAGGCAGAUCCUGUGAGGCAGAGGCUGAAUCAUUUUUUAGAGGUGGAAAUUCAAGCCCUGGAGCACAGAGGCGACAAUUAUGCACAGGCGGAAGUUUCAGGUAUAUAUAUACCUGUCUCAGUGACCUCAACCCCUCCAAAAGAGUGAAAUCAGGUCGCCGGAGGAACGCCAACUCUUCCUCACGAACGGCCUUUUUCACUCCACGACCGGGACCGGCGGAGAGCUCCACAGGACGUGAAGGAUGGGCGUUCGCACGUCUUUGAGGAGCGAGAGGUGCAUGAGAUGGCCGUCUACGAUAUGGAGAGGAGCAAGGCCGGUGUGGAUGUGGUGGCCGCCAUGGUGCGUUCAGGCACCACUUGGAAGAUGCAGAUCAUCGAAGAGCCUGCCGAGCAGGGGCAGCACUUCAUGGACAUCCUUCCGUUGCUCUCCACGGUGAUCCGACGAUUUCUACCCUCGGCGCCCGUCCGGCAGAAGGUGGCUUUUGCCAUGGAAAAGGGUGGUGUCUUAGACAUGCCCCUGGGCAUGGGCUCCAUCACUGUGGGCCUCGGUUGGGACGUGGACCAGGGCGAAGUGGAUCUGGACGUCUCAGCCGUUCUGCUCAAUGACCGCGCGGAGGAUGUGGAGGCCGUGUUCUUUGGACACUUGGAGUCCAUCCAGAAUGGCAUUGUCCACAGUGGUGACAAUCUGACAGGCGAUGGAGAUGGAGAUGAUGAACAAAUCCAAGUGGAUUUGAAUCGCAUCCAACCCCACGUGCAACAGGUCUUCUUUGUGGUGAACAUUUAUUCAGCCAACCGUUCCUUCCGACAGGUGGCUCGACCGUACUGCCGCAUCGUGGACAACAUGAUGGGCAAUGAGCUUUGCCGCUACAGUUUGUCGGACGCGGGAAAUGACAAUGGCCUCAUCAUUGCAAAGAUGGCCCGCGAGACCGGCGGACGCUGGGGUUUCCAUGCCUUGGGCAUGCCUUGCCGUGGACGAACUUACAAGGAUUCCAUGAAGCAGAUUCAGCAGGCAGCCAACGUCAAGACUCAUGCCUUGAUGUUACGUUCCUCGACCCUGGAGACCGACCACUUGGACCUGGCCCCUUCAGCUCCUCCGGCGGACCGGGGCACCGGGGUCUCCGCGCGAGACACGAAGACCUGGGUGCCUUUCAAGGUGGGACUGGAGCGCGCCGUGUCUCGCGCGGAGGAAGGGAGCGUGGUCCAGGAGCGCCGAUGCCCGAACAUGAUUGAGCUUGGUCCAGCUUGGUUUAUCAGUUUACCACGCAGUACCCACACUGAGCGGUUACUUUUGGUUGCAGUCACUGUGCGGCAGGCCAAGCUCUUCGACGAAGAGAUGGAGGUCUUGCACGUCACGCAGGAGGGGAAGUUCACAGGUGGAGCCCUGGUGAAGGAGCUCAGUGUGAAAGCCCGACAUGUGGAAGGUUCCAGCAACUUGAACCUCCAGGCGCCCUCCUCAACAGGUACGCAGGGAGAGAUCCUGGGAACCACCACUGUGGGCUAUAUCGAUUCCAUGGCCUCCGAGCUCCAGACUCAGAGCGGCCGUGUGAUGUGGGACUUCAUCACAGGCAUGAGCUUCAUUUGCAUCGCUUGCCAUUCCAUCCUGCGGCAGAAGACCGUGGACUUCUGGCAGGCGACCUCACGACCAACCCGACGACCCGUCCCAUGGGGCGGUCAUCAACCCGCUCCGGAAUUGGUCCGGUCUUCGGAACGUCGUCGCUGUCCUGAAGAGAACCACAAUGGAACCCCAAAACCCACUUGGUUAGGUAGAGGAAAACCAUCUUCCAAAGGAACUGGAGCAGGACUGAGGGUCCAUGUGAGUUUUCGGGAGUGUAAGUCUAUAUGCGAAGUAAUUCAGUUCAGCGAUUCAGCAGAUGUUCGAAACACCCGACAGUUCUUGGCCAUUGCUGUUGAUCACUGCUGCAGUUCGCUGCACACUGCGUCGCAUGAACGACCUGAGACAUGGUUUCUGCAGUCGAACUAUACUUUGUGUCUUGAUCAGGUGGAACGGAUCAGCUUCAGUGAUUAUGUGAACGAAUAUCUUAUAUCAAACUCUGCCCUCUAUUAUUCAUGCAGAAUGUGUGUUUGCCCAAUGCUUGACGAGGAAACUGGGUAA